GCAGGAAUCGGACAACGUGUUGUUGUUGAUGAAUGGUUCGGGCUGCUCAAAAAUGCUCUCAUGUAACACUCACAAAUUUAUUAAUGUAACUAGGAGUGUAAAUUUAAGAGUAGUUCACUGCCAGAACUGACACUGCCCGGUGUAAGGUUUUCCACAUAAGCUGACAGGUAAGGUUGAUGGAGCCGUGCUGAGGUGAGCUUGCCGGGGCAAGUCUUUCCUCUCUUCGAACUCCUAAAUAACCUAACCUCACCAAGUAUAACCUCACCAAGUCUAACCUCACCGAGUCUAACCUCACCAAGUCUAACCUCACCAAGUCUAACUCCCUAGUACCAGCAUUGGUGACAAAAGCAACAUUAAAAUGUUGGGUUUCUUUAGACCUAUAUAUAGGUCAAGUCAUUUGUGUACUCAACAGUUUCUGUCCCUGCGGGCAUUUAGAGCUGUAGGGACAAGGGCGGCCUUAUCACCAUCUCUCGUUCAUCCCAGGGUAUGCUGCCGCAACCUUCACACAACUUGCAGCAUUCAACAGAGCUCAGGAAGGGAUCCUCCACAAACAAGAAUGAAAGUAUUUUAUAUCCCAAAUCCUUUUAAGUGGCUCCAUAAUCACAUGGAAAUUGCCACACUUAAAAGGGAAUGGGAUCCAAGUUUUGAUUUAGUUUCUUUCAAGUUUGGAGCUGGACAGGCUGUUUGUACUGUGACAGAACUUGUCAGCAGACGUGACUGGGGAGAGCUCUGUGGACUUCUGACACAGAAAGCCAUUGAUAAAAUCAGAAGAACAAAGUGGACUAGUGACCAGGUCAACAACCUUGUUCUGUCUGCUGCAAAUAUUCAAGUUAUACAGCUGAACAAUGUAUCCCUGCAAAAGAUUGUUGGUUUCACAGAGAAUAUACUGAAGGCAAGCUCCCUGAAUGGACUAUUACUGUAUUUAGGCUCCAAAAUUUUCAAGCUAUUCAAAGAAGAGAUAAUGCCUAAGAUACUUUCUCUUGGGAUGAAGUUAUAUUUAUGUAUAUGUACUGUAUUUAGUACAUAUAUCAACAUAUUAGUUUCGUACUCCGACAAUAAACAUUUCGAUGACACUAAAAUGAGUCGUCUCAUAUUACCAAAAAUCACUUUUAAUUAGUACUGUAUUUUUUAUAUUUUUUUUUUUUAACCGCAGUGCAUGAAUUAAGUUAUCAGGGGACUAUCCAGACAUAAAAACUAGUCAAUUACUUGCCACUCAAAAUAAUAAUUACUGUACUCAGUUUGUGAAUAUUUUCAUUAUUUUUUGCAGUUAAAUGUUAUGCUCAUUUUCUUUUCACUCUCAUAUAGACCAGUGAUGUGCACACAUUUCCAUAGUUUUUAUUUUUAUGUAGCUUGUAUACUUUUUACGUUUUCUCAAUUUUUGAGGUAUAAACAUUUUAGCCAUAGUUUAGCAGGAUCCCUGAGAUGCCCAGAAUGUUUAAGGUCAGGAAUGUACCAAUAGGCUGGAAUGUUAGUGAUAAAAUAUACUGUAUAUAUUUUGAUUCUGUUUAUAAUAACACAAACAAAUAAGAAUAUUUUAUUAGUCUAUCUGAAAUUCUUUUGCCAUUAUUAAGAACGUUAUCAAUACACAGAGAAAUCACAUUAUUGUGAUAUAUCAGUGAGAAAAUCCACAAGAGGAUGAGAAUUUUGUGGCGUAGUUGACUAGAGCGUGCAUCUGGGAACACCCCAGCGCAUAUGUUCGAAUCCUCAUCAUGGCUCCUGUGGAUUAUCUCAACUUCAUCAAUACUAAUUAUAAUUUUGAUUACAAAUAAAGAAAUUUGGAGAAUUUUAUAAUGCUAAUUUUUGUUUAAUACAUGUUUUUACUUUUAAACUGUUCAGGAUA